AUGUACAAGAACCAAGGUCCCGAUAUAAGUCUAUAUCUCUUCGGAGAUCAAACCUUUGAUAUCGCGGAGCAGUUCAAAGAUCUCCUCCGAUACAGGAACAAUCCUCUCGUCGAGAACUUCCUCGAAAAGUCAUAUCAACUAAUGCGAAAAGAGCUAUACCUAUUGCCAUCCGCUGUUAGAGAGGGCCUCCCUCGGUUCACCUGUAUCGAAGAUUUUGUCCUCCUUGGCCCGCAAAACAUCGGGAAGUGCAAUGCCCUAGAACUAGCUCUGACCUGCAUCUAUCAGAUCGGAACGUUCAUCAGGCGCAACGAUCUUGGAUCCUAUAACGAUGGGGAGUGUCGCGUUAUCGGACUCUGUACUGGCGCCUUAUCAGCGGCUGCCGUAAGCUGCAGUACUAGCCCGCUUGAUCUCAUUUGCACUGGUAUAAUCGCAGUGAAGACGGCGUUCAGGAUCGGACUGAAAGUUACCGAGGUCGCCGGGAGAUUAGCAGCUUCUGACCAUCAACACCAAAACUGGUCUCUCAUUGUCUCCGGCAUAGGUAUCUCUGAGAUUAUCAAUGAGUUUUGCCAUGAAACCUCGCUAUCAGCGGCCAGUAGGCCCUAUAUCAGCGCUUACAUGGAAAAGUCUAUGACUUUAAGCGGACCCCCGCCUGUGCUGAAACAAUUUAUCAAGUACGCGAGCUCUUCGGGUCUCCGGUUCGCACCCAUCUCAGUAUAUGCUCCAUACCACGCCCCCCAUCUGUAUUCCUCGACAAAUGUCGCAGAAAUCGUGAACAGCCUUAUGCCCGAUGAGCUAGCACUUCGGCGGGAGAUCGUGCCAGUUUUGUCCAGCACAGGUUCUCAAGUCCACGGCGGCACGUUCAGAUCCAUCCUGGAGGCGGCUACUGCCCAGAUUCUGCUGGAACCCAUUAGUUGGAGCCACAUGUUGAAUCAGUUGCAGACGUGCCUCGCCGAGGUACGCCCGAAGUCGUUCACUGUAUUUUCCACGGGAAGCCAUAUGGAUGAAACGAUCUACGCCGCACUCAACAAGACUGAGUGGCGUUAUCUCACGCCUGUCAACGUGGCCCAGACCGAGUCUGCGAGGGCUCAGUCAUUUGAGCCUCAAAAUGGCACUAAUAAGGCCAAGCUGGCAAUUAUUGGAAUGUCUGGGCGAUUCCCGGGUGCCAAACACAACGAGGCUUUUUGGGAUGUCUUGCGCCAAGGCUUGGACCUGCACAAGCCGGCACCGGCCCUUCACUGGGACGUCAAGACACACGUUGACCCUACCGGAAAGAUCAAGAACACGAGUGCGACGCCAUUUGGUUGCUGGCUCGAUGACCCUGGGGCGUUUGACGCCAAGUUCUUCAACAUCUCUCCACGGGAAGCGGCGCAGAUAGAUCCGGCCCAGAGACUUGCGCUGAUGACAGCAUAUGAGGCGAUUGAGCAAGCCGGAAUUAUUCCUGACGCAACGCCCUCUACACGGCGUGACCGCGUGGGCGUCUUCUACGGGGUGACGAGCAAUGAUUGGAUGGAGACCAACAGUGCGCAAAAUAUUGAUACCUACUUUAUCCCGGGUGGGAACCGCGCCUUCAUUCCCGGCCGUAUUAACUACUGCUUCAAGUUCAGUGGACCUAGCUAUGCAGUUGACACCGCUUGCUCAUCAAGUCUAGCUGGCAUCCAUCUGGCUUGUAACGCUUUGUGGCGUGGCGAGAUUGAUACAGCUAUUGCUGGCGGCACUAACGUCUUGACGAACCCUGACUUCACGGCUGGUCUAGAUCGCGGCCAUUUCCUAUCUCGAACGGGUAAUUGCAAGACGUUUGACGAUGGUGCUGAUGGCUAUUGCCGUGGCGAGGGUAUUGGGACUAUUAUCCUGAAGCGUCUUGACGAUGCCAUCGCCGACCACGAUCCUAUCCUGGGGGUCGUCCUGGGCGCUUACACCAACCAUUCGGCCGAGUCUGAAUCGAUUACACGCCCUCACGUCGGUGCCCAACGUGCCAUAUUUAGCAAAAUCCUGAACGAAGCGAGCGUCGAUCCUUUCUCUAUCAGUUACGUCGAGAUGCAUGGCACAGGCACCCAAGCUGGCGAUGCUGGUGAAAUGUCCAGCGUCCUCGAGGUAUUCGCGCCUCCGCCAUCCCAAGUUGUCAAAGUACGCAAGAGCGACGAGCCCGUCUACAUCGGGUCGGUGAAGCCCAACGUUGGCCACGGAGAGGCUGCUUCGGGCGUCACAGCUCUCAUUAAGGUUCUGCUCAUGAUGCAAAAAAACGAGAUCCCUCCGCACUGCGGCAUCAAGACCAUCAUCAACCGCAAGUUCCCAACCGACCUGAAGGAGCGCAACGUCCAUAUUGCUCUGGAGCCAACUACGUGGCCUAAGAGCUCAGACCCUUCUCGACCCAGGCGUGCUUUUGUUAACAACUUUAGUGCAGCUGGAGGUAACACGGCUUUGUUGAUCGAGGACGCACCCAUCCUACCUGCGCUGCCUACUGCUACCACCUCUACAAGACCUCAUCUUAUUGCCGUGUCGGCCAAGAACGGAGCUUCACUCCAAGGCAAUCUCAAGUCGCUUCUCCGUUUCUUACAGGAGAAUGAAGACAUUCCAUUGGGACAGAUUUCCUACACCACGACAGCGCGUCGCUUACACCACCAACAUCGCGUCAUGCUGCACAGCUCGACUGUAGGAGAGGCCUGUUCCCAGAUCGAGGCCGCGCUUCGGGAUGGCACGGGAAUGAAGAGGCCCAAGAGUGCGCCUAAACCCAUAUUUUGCUUCACAGGUCAGGGGGCCCAAUACCCGGGCAUGGGCAAGGAGCUCUGGGACAACUUUUCACUCUUCAGAUCCGAAAUGAGUCAGCUCGACAAAAUGGGGCAGACGCUCGGGUUUCCUUCAGUCAUGUCAGUCGUUCAAUCCGACGAGAAGGAUAUCUCGGGUUUCCCUCCUACCGUAGUCCAGCUGGCUAAUGUCUGCAUGCAAAUUGCGUUGGCUCGGCUGUGGGCCUCAUGGAACAUUACCCCUGCUGCCGUCCUUGGCCAUAGCCUAGGCGAAUAUGCUGCUCUCAACAUCGCGGGUGUUCUGUCGGAUGUCGAUACUCUUUACCUCACUGGCAGGCGAGCUGAAAUCCUUGAGAGAAAAUGUGCGCGUGGCACACAUGCUAUGCUUGUCGUCAUGGCGUCUGUCGAGAAGAUAGCCGCCCUUCUGAAAGGUGAAGCGUACGAGAUUGCUUGCAUCAAUUCACCCGUUGAGACCGUCCUAGCCGGCACAGUACAGAGAGUCGCCGCUCUUAAGGAAAUGCUGACGGCAAGCGGACUGAAAUCGACUGUUCUGAAGGUUCCCUACGCAUUCCAUUCCUCUCAGAUUACACCCAUUUCCGACGAGUACGAAUCUGCGGCUUCUUCUGUUACUUUCUCCAAGACCAAGAUCCCAGUCCUCUGUCCCCUCGAUGGCACCAUUGCUGACGGAGAAAAUCAUCCCUUCAACGCUCGCUACCUCGUCCGCCAUGCUCUCGAACCUGUCAGAAUGAUGCAGACCCUCUUGAACGCAAAGAACGAGGGCAUCAUCAAUGACCGGACUGUGUUCAUCGAAGUUGGCCCGCACCCGGCAAUCGCUGGCAUGAUCAAUCCAGUGUUGGGCAAACAGACGGCAUGCGUGGCAUCUCAAUCCAGAGGAAGGUCGUUGUGGAAGACCUUGGAGCCUGCUCUGAGCACGGUCUACAUGCUUGGGGCUAACGUUUCUUGGGGCGAGUACCAGCGCGACUUUGAGUCGACACACAAAGUCAUUAAACUACCUGCGUACAGCUGGGACAUUAAGGACUAUUGGAUGCAGUACGUCAAUGACUGGUCGUUGCGCAAAGGUGACCCGGCUGUAGUGGUCAGCAAGGAACCAAUGAUGAGUGAAACAAACAAACUUGAUAGUACGACCAUCCACAGGGUCGUUGAGGAGACGGGAGACGCAGCCCAGGUUCGCCUCAUUGUAGAGGCAGACAUCCAGCGCGACGAUCUUUCCCCACUCGUACAGGGUCACGAAGUCAACAACAUCCCUCUCUGCACGCCAUCAGUCUACGCAGACAUGGCCUUGACGCUCGGUAAAUACCUGUUGGACAAGUACCAGCCUCAGACGCGACACAGGCUGGUAGACGUAUCUGACAUGACUAUUUCCAAGGCUUUAAUCUUACGAGCCGGAGCCGCCGAGCAGCUCUUGCAGGCACAUGCUGAUGUGGACUGGAAAACUAUGUCUGCUCAGGUCAAGUUCAUGUCUUUCAACAACAAGGGCAAGUUGCAGGAACAUUCGCGGUGCACCCUAGUCUUCAAGGACGGAAAUCUCCAGGAGAAGCUCCAAAAAGACUUGGACAAAGUUCAACAAAAGCUGAAGGCUCUGCGAGAUGGAAUUGCGCAAGGCACCACAGCUCGCUUCAAUACUGCAAUGGUAUACCGAGCCAUUCGUCCUCUUGCCCGCUUCCAUAACGACUACCGCGCAAUCGACGAAAUUGUGCUUAACAGCAAUACCCUGGAAGCUUCAAGUGUUCUGAGCUACGGGGCUGUGAAGAGAGGUGGUCACUUCCACACUCAUCCGGCUAUCAUUGACUCUCUCACGCAAUCUUGUGGGUUCACAAUGAACUGUAACGACAGCAGCGAUCUGGACGUGGACGUUUUCAUGAAUCAUGGCUGGGGUUCUUUCCAAAUCUUCGAGCCAAUUGAUUUUGAGAAGUCAUACACUACUUACACACAUAUGCAGGCCGGGCAAAACAACCUGUGGUAUGGUGACGUCGUAGUCCUUGACGGUCAUAAGGUUGUGGCUUUCUUUGGCAAGAUUGCGAUUCAAUGUGUUAGUCGGCGCGUUCUCAAGGUCAUCUUAUCGAUGGAAAGCGGACAAAAGUCGAAUGCCCAGCAAGCCAGCGCCGUGAAAGCUCCACAGAAGGUCGCCCCUACAAGGCCUGUGGUCACCAUUCCAUCUAGCUCGCAGCCAUCGACAAAAACGUCUGCCCCGUCGGCAUUGAGCAACAAGUUCUCUACGGCCUUGAACAUCAUCGCGGAAGAAAGUGGGCUCUCUGUUGAUGACCUGUCAGACAACACCGUCUUUAGCGAUGUAGGCAUUGAUUCACUCCUGGGAUUGACCAUAGCGGCUCGGUUGAAGGAGGAGCUAGAUGUCGACUUAGAGUUCAACUCGUUCUUUUACGAAUUUCCGACGGUAAAGGACCUGAAGCAUCAUUUUGGCAACGGGCCCGAAUCGGCCGACGAGAUGUCGUCUCCGGACACUCCCAUGUCUCAAUCCGGCUGGGACGAUUUAUCAACCCCUAUAACCGUUCCUUCUACACCAACAGGAUGUGCAGACCAGCCGAGCCAGAAGGUCGACUUCAACAAGGUGCUUGACAUAAUCUCAGAGGAAAGCGGAGUGGCCGUUGAGGAGCUCACCCCUGACACUAAUCUUGGCGACUCGGGCGUUGAUUCCCUUCUCUCGCUGGUGAUCGUCAGUCGCCUCCGCGACGAGCUUGAUCUCGAUAUCCAGCAGGAGUCCUUGUUUCUCGAUUGCCCGACUGUGGCCGAUCUCAGAGAAGUCUUGACUGGCCGCGGCUCUCGGGUAGCGGCGCCCAAGUCAAUUUCGCCGGCUUCUUCGGCAUCGUCUAACUGGACACCAGCUCAGCCAGUUGUUACGAUGGAAUCCAAAGCUUCUCCUCUUACUGCCACUGACAAGGACGCCUUGGAAGAACGUGAGAGGGCCGUUGAUGCUUGCGUUAAAAAGUACACUGCUGGCUGGACACCUCCGACCUCUGCGCCGUAUGGUGCGAUGCCGAUUAAAGAAGAGAAGGUCGUUCUCGUGACAGGUGCCUCGGGAAGCCUCGGUGGACAUCUGGUCUACCAUCUCGCACAAUUGCCGGAUGUGAAGACGGUCAUAUGCCUCAACCGCGAAAAUAAAGCCGAGCCAUUCACACGUCAGCUCAAAGCUAUGAGGGACAAAGGAAUCCGUUAUCCUGAGAAUCUGAAGCAUAAGUUGAAGGUCUACCAGACCGAUUACUCCAGGCCCAACUUCGGGCUGGACGAGAAAACAUACGUCUCGCUAUGGAAGACCACGACGCAUCUCAUCCAUCAGGCUUGGCCGAUGAGUGCUAAGCGCGCCUUCUCCGGCUUCGAAACGCAGUUCCAAGUAUUACGAAAUCUAGCAGACUUUGCGACAUUAGCCGCCUCGCAAUAUCCGGCCGGAUUCAAGUUCAGCUUCCAAUUUGUCUCGUCGGUCGGUGUAGUCGGACAUCACAGGCUAGGAAAUGAGCCAACCAUUGUGCCUGAGGAGCUAGUUGGCAUUGAGAGUGUUCUGCCCAACGGUUAUAGCGAUGCCAAAUGGGGCUGUGAGCGGAUGCUGGCAGCAACGAUGGGCAAGCAUCGCGGCUUCUUCCGCCCUAUGGUCGUACGGCUGGGCCAGAUUGCCGGGUCGAAGACAAGCGGGUACUGGAAUCCGAUGGAGCAUUUCGGGUUCAUGAUGAAGUCUUCACAGACGCUCAACGCUAUUCCCGACGUGCCUGGCACCGUCUACUGGGCGCCCGUCAAUGACAUUGCUGCGACCUGUUCCGACCUUAUACUUUCGGACCGCGAGCCCUUCCCCGUCUAUCACAUCGAAAAUCCACACGGCAUUCCGUGGCAUCACAUGACACGCGUGCUUGCCAAGGCGAUAGGAAUCACCGACCUGAUUCCCUUCAAGGAAUGGGUCAGGCGCGUGGCCGAGGCGCCGCAGCGUAACAACCCGGCUUCUACUCUUCUCGAAUUUCUCGACGAAACCUAUCUGCGUAUGGCGUGUGGUGGGCUCGUUCUUGGUGUCGAUCACACCUUGGAGCAUUCUAAGACGCUACGCGACCUGGCGCCUGUAAAUGACGAGAUUGUUAACAAAUAUGUCCAUAUUUGGAAGGAAAUUGGGUUUUUAGCAAAUAACUGA